AAAAACCAGUGGACCACAGUUGCCCGCCGAGUCCAAGGCGAAGUGGAUGAACGGAUCCGACCUUUUUCCUUGUACGGCGUCUUUCUAUAGCUGCGAAGGAGCUGCUCUACAAUGAUGCUCCAACUCGUGCAUCUCGUGGCGUUGUUGGUGUGCGGCAGCCAAGCUAUCCUCCAGGUUUCCAUUUCUUUGAGCAAGGGGGAGUUAAGUGUUGGAGACUCCAAGUUCUUCAUCUGCUCAGCCAUUGGCGAGCCGGUGAGGCUGGAGUGGUACAAUCCUCAGGGCGAGCGCAUCGUGGCCUCCAAGCGAAUGGCGUUUCACACGGAGGCAUCGCGAUCCCGGCUCAUAAUCUACAACGCCAUUGUGGAGGACGCCGGCAUCUACCGCUGCCGGGCCACUGAAGCCAGUGGUCGCAUGGCGGAGGCAUCAGUGGUGCUGGAGAUUUACCAGAGGCUGACUUUUCGAGACAUCCAGUCGCCGCAGGAAUUCCGCUACGGUGAUACGGCGGAGGUGCUGUGUGAUGUCAUCAGCUCGCCGGUGCCGCAGGUCGUGUGGUCCUACCAGGGGAGGGAGAUCACUGAGGAACGCCACAGUAAGUGGAAAUCAAUCAAGCUGGUAAAUAAAGAAAGAAAUAUUUAUGAGAGAGGCAACUUGUUCUCAACAGGAAAAGUUGUACGCUCCUGUUUGCGCUGGCCCUGUGAUCCAUGGCUUUCUGUCUCACCAGCGACGGUGGUGCUGAGCGGCCUGGAGCCCAAUACGACGUACGAGGUUCGAGUGGCGGCCGUCAAUGAGAUGGGUCAGGGCGAGUUCAGUCACAUGGAGACUUUCCAGACUUUACCCGUCCGAGAACCGAGCCCACCAGCAGUCCACGGGCAGAGAGGACUGGGCAAAGCCUACAAGCUGGGCUUGGUCAAGCAGGAUGAUGGCGGCAUGCCCAUCGUGGAAUAUAUCGUCAAGUACAAGACAGAUAAAGAAGAGCAAUGGAUGACCAAGCUGGUUCCGGGCUCCAAUGACUUUGCCACUUUGCAGCCGCUGCAGUGGAACACCCGAUACGAGGUGGAGAUUACGGCCCGCAAUGUUAAAGGCUUGUCGGAGCCCACCUUCUAUCAGUUCUUCAUGCCACAGAAACCGGAAAUCACAGAAUCCCUCUUCAACGGGCUGAGCCUCGGGGCGGUGGUGGGCCUGGGCCUGGGAGCGCUCCUCCUGCUUCUUGUCCUUGUGGAUGUCAGCUGCUUCUUCCUGUGCCACUGUGGUCUGCUGAUGUGCAUCACGCGCAAGCUGCGCAGCAAAAAGACAGCCACCGGCGGCAAAGAAAUGGAAGAGGGCAAGGCCGCCUACCUGAAACUGCCGAUGAAGGAAGAAAUUGGCAAAGAGUCUCUCAAGCCGGAUACGAUUGAAAUCAAACUGCAGGGCGACCGCCGCAUCCACCCCAAGCCGGACGACAACAAAGCAUAGAAGGGAUGGGGAGGGGGGGCGGCGGCGGCGGCGGCGGCAGCAGCUUUCCCGCAAGAAAAUUCGGAUCACCAGACCAAAACCCUAACAAACAUACUGCGAUGGAAGGAAAAAUGAUUGUAUAUUUCUUGUUUUGUUGUGUCCGGUUAUGAUGCUUUUAUUUGACCCCCCCCCCCCC